AGGACGGCAAGGAAAUGGCUGAAGGCGGGCGCAUCAAAUUCGAGAAAAUUUCGGACACAAUUUUUGCCUUCAAGAUUUCCUGCAUGGAGCUGGGAGACUGCGGCAACUAUAACGUGAUGGCCAGUAACGACAUCGGUCAGAGGUCGGAGCAGUUUGCCGUGCUCUGCGACUCGCCCCCCCAGAUCAGUCGUGGACUCGACCCCGAGACCGAGAAGAAGCUCAGUAACGACCACACCUUCGAGGUCAGGGCGUCGGGGUCGCCGACCCCCGUCGCCAGGUGGUACAAGGACGGCAAGGAGAUCAUGGGUGACGAGAAGUUCCGCAUGGUGAAGGACGACAACUUCUACAUGCUCAAGAUCCGCAAACUCGACCGCAAGGAUAAGGGCGUCUACAAGCUAGUGCUGUCGAACGCGUCUGGGGAGGCUGAGACCGAGGGGUCCUUAGUGAUCCGCGCUCCCCCCGAGUUCCUUACUCCCCUUAAGGACGCCUGCGCCAAGGAAGGGGCUAAGGACAUCAAGAUGCUGGUUGAAUUCCAGGCCAACCCUAAGCCUGCAGUUAAAUGGACGUUCAACGGUAAGCCCAUCAGGGCGGAGACCGAGGGCUUCACCAUCAAGAGCACCGACACCACCAGCAUGUUGGUGAUCGCUUGUGCCUCCCCCGCGGUUGUGGGGGGGUACUCCGUCACGCUGAGCAACGAGUACGGGGACAGCGUGGGCAGCGCAAAGUUCCGCCUACACGAGGCGCCCUUAGUCCUUGAGCCCCUUAAGGACCAGGAGUUCCUUGAGGGCGGGGCCGCCAAGAUUGCCCUUAAGGUGUCAGGCGUGCCCGUGCCGGAGAUUAAGUGGACGAAGGACGGCAAGUCCUACACGGGGGAGGCGGGACGCGUCGUCCUCAAGAAGGAGGGCGACGAGGUCUACGUCUUAUGGACGGACGACGCCAAGACGUGCGACUCAGGACGCUACGUCGCCCACGUCAGCAACUGUGAGGGCGGCGUCACGUCAGAGGCGUCGUACGUC